GGGGAACUUCAGCCAAUGGUUUCCUCCCCUGGGUGUUAUGGGAGGGCUUGGCCAGAGAGCGAGAAAGGGAGGGGAGAGUUUGAAAACAACCCAGCAGGCGCUAAGGGAGGAAGAGAGCUGGGAAGUGACCUGCUCGCCUCUCUUCCAGCACUCUGCUCCAGGUGGAGGACAGCAGGGGCUCCCAGCGGCUCCCCACACAGCGUGGCACGGCGUGACACGGCGUGACACGGUGUGACACGGUGUGACACGGUGUGGCACGGUGUGGUGGACCUCCUGGCACAGAGGUGCGCUAGCUGAUGGGACGUCCCGCUGGGAGGCACCCAUCUGUGUUCGCCGGGCGGUUCGUGUAGACCCAUUGCACCGGGACCCACACAGCAAGGCUUGCGGCCAGCGGUACCUGGGAACGCUCGGGAGCUGCUGGAUGACUGCUUGAGGCCCUGAAGGGAAAGCUUUGAGACUUUACAUUUCACAGUCGUUUCUGUUAAGCAGCUAUGGAAAUAGAAAAGGAGCACGUUUAUGUUAACACAACAGAACUUGAGAAUCUAAGUGAUGCUCCGUUUUCCGGUGAUGAAGAAAAUGGUGGGUCUGACGAACGAAAGACUGAAAUCAAUGGAAAUUGGAUUCCUGCAACUUCAAUUACUGAAGCCAAAAUAAACGCUAAAGCCAAGAGACGGUUGAGGAAAAAUUCUUCUAGAGAUUCUGGGCGAGGAGACUCUGUCAGCGAGAAUGGAGAGACACAGAAGACUGGAGUUGUCAUUCCAACGAGCCCAAAGGGGAAACUCCUGGAUAGGCGGUCCCGGUCCGGAAAGGGAAGGGGUCUGCCAAAGAAAGGUGGAGCAGGUGGUAAAGGAGUUUGGGGAACACCAGGUCAAGUGUAUGAUGUAGAAGAAGUAGAUAUUAAGGAUCCUAAUUAUGAUGAUGACCAGGAGAACUGUGUCUACGAAACAGUAGUUCUACCUCUGGAUGAAAGAGCAUUUGAAAAAACUCUAACACCAAUCAUACAGGAAUAUUUUGAACACGGAGAUACUAACGAGGUUUCGGAGAUGCUGAAGGAUCUAAACCUCGGUGAAAUGAAGUACAGCGUGCCAGUGCUGGCUGUUUCCUUGGCGCUAGAGGGGAAGGCUAGUCACAGGGAAAUGACAUCUAAGCUUAUCUCCGACCUUUGCGGGACAGUAGUAAGCAAAACUGAUGUGGAAAAAUCAUUUGACAGACUGCUUAAAGAUCUACCUGAAUUGGUGUUGGAUUCUCCCAGGGCACCCCAGUUGGUGGGGCAGUUUAUUGCUAGAGCUGUUGGAGAUGGGAUUUUAAGCAGUACUUACAUAGACGGCUACAAAGGCACUGUGGAUUGCAUCCAAGCUCGGGCGGCUCUGGACAGAGCCACUGUGUUGCUGAGUGUGACAAAGGGUGGAAAGCGUAUAGACAACGUGUGGGGGUCAGGAGGUGGCCAGCAGUCUGUGAAACACCUUGUUAAAGAGAUUGAUAUGCUGCUGAAAGAGUAUUUGCUUUCCGGAGAUGUACUGGAAGCUGAACGUUGCCUUCAGGAACUGGAAGUACCCCAUUUUCACCAUGAACUUGUGUAUGAAGCAAUUGUGAUGGUUUUGGAGUCAACUGGAGAAAAGACCUUUAAAAUGAUGCUGGAUUUGUUGAAAUCUCUCUGGAGAUCUUCUGUCAUCACCGUGGACCAAAUGAAAAGAGGCUACGAACGAGUUUACUGUGAAAUCCCCGACAUUAACCUGGAUGUGCCACACUCCUAUUCUGUGCUGGAGCGGUUUGUAGAGGAAUGCUUUCAGGCCGGAAUCAUCUCCAAACCACUGAGAGACCUCUGUCCUUCAAGGGGCAGGAAGCGUUUUGUGAGCGAAGGCGAUGGAGGCCGGCUUAAACUAGAAAGCUACUGAAUGUGGGAACUGACUCCUGAAGCCUGAAGUUUAAAGGGAAAAGAGAUAUCUAUAUAUAUACAGACACGCGUGCUUUUUGGUGUGUAUGUAUAUAUGUAUGCACAUAUAUUGUAUACCAGAAUUCUAAGAGUUGCUUAGCACAGUUCGUAUUUUUUUAAAAACACAUCUUUUGGGUACAAAUCAUUUUUUUAAAAAUAGUUUUAUAAAUUUCAGAAAGAACUUUUUUUGGGGGGGCAUAUAGUAGAACAACUGGCCACUCCGCUGUGGUGGUGCCUUCAGAUAAGCUACCUUUUUAUAAGUGCCAUGUUUCUGACCUAAUCAUUCCAUGUUUGCAUCGAUGUUUGCCUGCCGCUCUUUCUUUCAAGGACAGUGUCUUCGUCAUGAAAUCACUGGUUUGUACAAAGCUUUAUAGAAGGGUCAAGUUAAGCUGCUGUGAUCCCAUUUUCAUUGCUGCUGAAGAAAUACUGUGCUUUGGGAGGAAAAAAUAGCUAUUUCUUUGUUGUAAAGAGCCCGAGAAAAUGGAGUUGGGUCAUGGGACAAAUUCACCUGUUCUGGGGCAAAACGCAGGUCGGUUUUAGAUGUUCCAGCCACCACGUACCAAACCGGUCGAUAUGUUUUUUUUCUAUGUAACUGGAAAAGUGAAACGUUCUGGUAAAAACAUAUUAAAAAUAUUUUUUGUGAA